AUGCGCUCGGCUGGACCUUCAACGAAUGCUCCUCCCCAGCGGAGAGCUCUGCAUGAGCGCACUCCCUCCCAGACGAAUGAGACCUCCCCACCCGAAUCGGUGCGCACGCCCAGCGAUAAGUACAAUGAUAGCGAGGAAGAGAACAAUGUCUACACGGUGACGCCUUUUCCAACAAAGCCGGAACACAUCCUGCCGCCGCGCCCCGGGAAAGGGCAGGAAUUCAUCCCAGACUCCCGGUUCCACGUUGACGAGGCCCCCAACGAAUCUACCGCAUCUCUCUCCACCGAUCUCACGCGCUUGGGCGAUAGCAGCCUGGAACAGUCCAUUGGCGACCUCUGGGACUUGUCUUCCACCUUCGAUGCCGCAAAUACCCCCUCCCAGGUCUGGGAGGACGACCCGUCCUCCAGCAAAUCCUCGUUGCCGGACCCAGACCUACCAGAGCACAAACCAUUUGACCGCACUUCGGACGAGAAUUCAGUCGCGGAGUAUUCCGAUGAGGAAUUGACAAAUACCCUGCCAACAGCUGCCCCGACAAUCAAGACGGUCGUUUCCAAUGCGUCAUCCAGUCAGCCGUCGCAGCCGGAACAUGCGGCCUCAAGCAAUUCGAGUCCAAACGUCGUUCCAAUCGGGCCGCCGUCCAGUCCAAAUUUCGUUGCCUUGGAUAGUUCCAGUCUGAAUUUUGUUCGGUUGGGUGCUUCGUCCAACCCGGAUACUGGCACUCGCUCAAACUCAUUGUCUUCAUUAAACUCCUUGGGCACCGUAAUCCGGUAUGCCGGUGCUGCCCCGUGGACACAUGGGUCGUCCUCGGAACACUCGAGCUCGCGCUCCCAGUCUUUUCGUUCAAACCAGCCGCACAAUCAUAUGGCUUCCACCCGGUCAAGCUCCUCUCGCCUUCGCGAACGAAGCCUCUCUCGCGCCACGUCCUCCUCCCGGAGUGGGCCGCCGUCAGAUAUUCAAGCCAUCAUCGAUAGCGGAGUGUACAUCCAAUACCCUACGAUUCGUGCGCCUUCCGCGUCGAGUUCAAGAGUCGACAUCUCGAACAUCGAAGAGUCGCCCGAGCAUGAAGCACUGGAGCAGCCAGAAAAUAACUUGGACCGUUUCAGGUCUCACCUUUCAACGGUCACAUCUCGAUGGUCUGCGGAAUGUGAAUCCGGCCGCGUUUCCCGAGCGGCAGGACGGAUUGAAACCCUAGAGGAACCUUCACCCCCAUCCACUGCACUUGUCCGCCAGAAACCUUCAUCUUCCGUUUGGCUUGUGAACGGCUCCGAUGGAAGCGCAAGCCUGGACAACGUGUCUAGACCCCCUGUCCGUGGAAUGCACUCGAGAUUUCCUCGUAGUCUCUCGUCUGGGUCAAGACAAAGCAGCAUGCGGAGUAUUAAGCGUCCCGCCACGGGCUCUAGCUUCGCUUUCCAUAUGAUCCCGACGUGGGCCAGGAUGUACUAUAGCUUUGAUGGAACCGCUGUCAACUCUGCCUUGUCCCUCGUGGAAGGCAGCCGGCCCGGUACCGCACGUUCAACGACCUCAAGGCCAGGUACAGCACGCUCAGCCACCUCCAAGCCUAUCGCUAUCGACCGCAUCUCCACGGCUGCAAGUCAGCCAGAGACCCGCGAAAAGUCACCGGUUGACCCUCGCGAUCCACGGAGUCACUGGGUGGAGGGCAUGGAGAUCACUGAACAGACCGGCACCCGGCGCACAUUACGGCAAAGCUGGUCCCCUCAUCUGUAUCCUGACCGAAACAUCGCGCGACAGAGAGGAAGCACCUGGCGUGCGCCGUCAUUGGAUUCCCGGACAGAGCCAUUGCUUGGACGUAGAAACAUCCAAGUGUGGUCUUUCUGUCUGGGUUUUGUUUGCCCUUUGACUUGGCUUGUUGCAUCCUUUCUGCCGCUUCCUCCGAAGCCGGAAAUGGUACUGGCGGAUGACAGCGAAUCGGACGUUGAGACGGCAUUACAAUUGCGACUGUUCGACCUCGAGCGGAAGCGGUAUCAAAACGCUCGAUGGUGGCGGAACCUCAAUCGCUGGAUGAAUUGCGUGGGCUUGGUGAUUAUCGUCAUCAUUAUUGUAUUAGCUGUCGUUGGGACCCAGGUGGGCUUUUAA